GUCUGCAGCCGCCGCGGCCGCCCGCCGCCGGUUCCUCGUGGCAGUCCUCCGCUGCCUGGGCUGGCCCAGCGGGGGGGAAGGACCCAGGGGUCCCCAGCGUCCCUCCGCGGCGGCUGCGAGAGGACCUAAGCAUGAAUGGCAGCCGAAGAGUCGGAGGAACCCCUGUCCUUCCCAGAUCUGGUCCACUGUGCCUAUUUAAAGGACACUUGAGCACCAAAAGUAAUGCUUUUUGCACUGACUCCUCCUCUCUCAGACUAAGUACUCUCCACAUGGUCAAGAAUCACAUGGCUGUUCACUAUAAUAAAAUCCUUUCAGCCAAAGCCGUGAUAGACUGCUCAGUUCCACUCAGCAUGGGUGCUAGCAUCAAAUAUGCAGACCAGCAACGAAGAGAGAAACUGAAAAAGGAAUUAGCACAAUGUGAAAAGAAGUUGAAAUUAAAUAAAAUUGCAGCGCAGGCCAAUUCUAAAACUAAUUCCAAGUCGUUAUCUAACACUCUGCCAAAGCCUGCAGAAAAAACACAAAAUGAAGACAGCAUGGAAGAAGUGCAUGGGUAUUCGCCCUUUGCGAGGUCAUCAGUAACUUCUUCAGAGAGACUACACCUAAGUCUUCCUAAGUCCAAUAAAGUCCUCAGAGAUGGUACUGAGAAGAGCUCCAGUUCCUUCCUGGCCAGCAUAGAUUACACCACGUCCAGGCCCAGGAGAAUGGGCUCUGCAACCUUGUAUGGCCAGAGGCCCAGGAGCGCAUUGCCAAAUUACCACCAGUCUCAGCUAGUUAUUUCAAAAGCAUCCAGUGGGGACCUUUUGGAUAAACAUUCUAAACUCUUUUCUAAUGGACAUUUGCCAUUCACUCCACGCACUUUGAAAACAGAAGCAAAAUCUUUCCUGUCACAGUAUCGAUAUUAUACACCUGCCAAAAGAAAAAAGGAUUUUACAGAUCAGCGGGUAGAAGCUGAAACCCAGACUGAAUUGAGCAGCUUUAAGUCUGAUUUUGAGAGAGUUGAGACUAAGGACUUCACAGAUUCAGAAGUGAACAUAAAACAGGCAUCUAGUUGUGGAACCAAAGAAAACAUAACUCCUUUACCUUUGCAAGGGAAUGCCUUACCCUGGGACGACAUUAAAGGUGGUGCUCUUCAGUGUUCCCCGGCAAGGGUAGUAUGCCAGUGUUCCGAGCAGCCUCAUUCAAGGAGAAAAAUCUACUCUGAUGAAGAAGAGCUGUUGUAUCUGAGUUUCAUUGAGGAUGUCACAGAUGAAAUUUUGAAACUUGGUUUAUUUUCAAACAGGUCUUUAGAACGACUGUUUGAACGACAUGUAAGACAAAAUAAACACCACUUGGAGGAGGGGAAAAUGCGCUACCUGCUGCAUAUCCUAAAGGUGAAUUUAGGCUGCAUAUCCCAGGAGAACUCAGUGAGGCUGGAUGACGCUGGUAUGUUGAAUUUACUAGACUUUGAAAAGGCUGGGAAUUCAGCACAGAAUGAGCGAGAUGAAGCAGUUCAACAGGAGCGGCGAGAAUACCGGAAAGCCUUGGAUCUGUUCCUGUCUGUCCCAGAGGAUGAUGGUGGGACCUCGCCAAAUGAGUUUUUCCUCCCAGCCUACAAGUCAAAGUAUUCAGAAGGCGUUACAGUUCAGCAGGUGGACAACGAAACAAACCUGGGACCUUCCACUGAGGACGAAAAAAAUCCAAGUCUUUCAGACAGCUUAAGAGACCGAGAGACCUCUGUGACUGUCAUUGAGGGUGACAGUGACACUGAAAAGGCUGAGACUCCAAACGAACUGUGUUGUGUCCGCCCAGCACUCUCCAAUUGUGGCCAGCUCUGCAGGGUCACAGGUGGCAGCCGUCACGAGCUAGAAGAACCAACUCUUCAGAUCAUGGAAAUGAGCAUUGAGGACUGCCCUUUGGAUGUUUGAUCUUCAUUAAUAAAUGUCCCAAAUGGCCAGUAA